ACGUCAUUAGAUCGCGCCUUCUCAUACAAAACACCAACACGCACAGCGUGGCUGUGGUACUGAGUGAUUGAAAAGUAGCGUUAACCUAAGCAAAAUGAAAGAUACACCAUUAUCAAACUGUGAGCGGCAAUUUCUUCUCAAGGCGAUAGAGGAGAGAAAGCGGCUGGACGGUAGAGAAACGUAUGACUACAGACACCUCAGGAUCACGUUUGGCAUGGACUAUGGCUUUUGCAUUGUUGAUCUUGGAAAAACAAAGGUCAUGUCGCAGGUGUCCUGUGAACUGGCUGCCCCUAAAGAAACUCGUCCCUCAGAGGGGAUCCUCUUCACCAAUGUGGAGCUGUCACCAAUGGCCUCACCUGCAUUUGAGCCUAACAGGCAAUCGGAGUUGUGUAAGUUGAAUAGACAACUGGAGCGCUGUUUGCGGACCUCGAAGUGCUUUGACAUGGAGUCACUGUGUGUCAUCUCAGGGGAAAAGGUAUGGAGGAUCAAUGUGGAUGUUCACGUGUUGAAUCAUGAUGGGAACCUAAUGGACGCAGUUAGCAUAGCAGCCAUCACUGCUCUCUCCCAUUUCAGACGGCCGGAGGUCAGCAUCCAGGGACGAGACGUCACUGUGCACACGGCUGAAGAGAGAGACCCUGUUCCACUGAGCAUUUAUCAUAUGCCUAUCAGUGUAAGCUUUGCCUUCUUCCAGCAAGGUUCCUAUUUGCUGGUGGAUCCAAAUGACCGUGAGGAGAGGGUGAUGGAGGGCCUGCUGGUCAUCGCCAUGAACAAACACAGAGAGAUCUGCUCCAUCCAGUCCAGCGGAGGCAUCAUGUUGCUCAAGGACCAGGUCCUGCGCUGCAGUAAGAUCGCCAGUGUGAAAGUGUCCGAGGUCACAGAGCUCAUCCAGAAAGCCCUGGAGAAUGACAAGAGAGCCAGGAAAGACAGAGGCAAGUUUGGAUUUGCCGAGUCCUUGCCUAAAGAGAGAAUCACUGCACUGAAAACAAAGGAAGCCCCCGUUGAAAUGACAGACGUCCAGGAGACAGCCAGCGAGAUCAUCAGCAACGCGGAGCCCCCCCUUAAAACCCAAGGGGUGCGUUCCCCCGUGGUGCAUGCAGUGGGGGUCGGGCAGGUAGGGGAAGGGGUGAGCAGCUCAUGGAGGCUUGAGGAGGAGGAGGAGGAGGAGGAUGAGGAGGAAGAGGAAGAAGGAGAAAUGGAAGAAAUGACAGAAAUGACAGAUAAAGAAACACAGAGGAAAGAUGAUGUUGUUGUCAUCUCAGAUAGCGAAGAGGAGGAUGUUGUUAUGUUGAAUCAGUAACCGAAGGUGCUGUGAUCAUAUCGUACCAGAAGAGGGCAGCAGUAUUUAAUAAGGAAGAAGAAGAAUUAUGAAACAUCAAUGUUGUGUUCAUUAAUGUCCAUACAUACUGUCUGUGAAUGGAUGCAGAUGAUGGCAAUGUUCAGUAAAUUUUACUUUUA